AUGGAGUUCCCCGAACCUCAUAUUCUAAACCGGUCUCUGGAGAAUGGUGAGGAUGGAGAAGGUUCUCAACCCUUAUCCGAGAUUCAGCAUAACCAAGGAGCCCGAAUACAGACGAUACUAGCAUUCGCUGAGGGUUCUAUCAACUUGGUUGUGUCCACUUUUGUCAUUCUCAGCAUUGUUUGUUUCAGGAGGAAGUUUAAAAAUCAGAUAAAACUGUACUUUAACAUGGUGGUAGCUUGUUUCUGUGCUGGUCUAUAUCAGGUCACGUCCAGAGCAGUCACCCUUGUAUUCCACUACAGUAAACACCCAAAUAAUGAGCUAAUAAUAAGUCUUGAGUCGGAGCUGGUUGAUUUUCCUCCUUGUAUUGCCGUCCUCUACUUUUGGAUCCUAACAAGGGACCUUAUAUUCCUGUCCACAGUUCCAAUUACACUCGAUAGGAUCCUGGCAGUUAGCAAACCUCAUUCCUACAAACGAUAUUCAACCAAUAGAUUCUUCUCAGGUACAAUAUCCCUGAGUUGGGUAGCGACAGGAAUACACGUGGGGGCUACAGCUCUAGCUACACUCUUCACUGACAAUAGAAUAUUCCUUUCUCAGCACACUCUUCAGUGCACCUUCCAACACCAUCACUUCUCGGUUGGUGAAGCCGAAUCUUUCUGA